AUGACCAACACACUCACAGCCCAAGAGCUCUCGACCCUCUCGACCAAGGCCAUAGCCGCCAAGGACUCAGCCUACUGCCCGUACUCCAAGUUCCGCGUGGGCGCGUGCAUCCUCACGACAUCGGGCGAAUUCGUGGUUGGGGCCAACGUCGAAAACGCCGCGUACCCCGUGGGCGUAUGUGCGGAGCGAGUAGCCAUUGGGACGGCGGUGGUGGCUGGGCAUAAGAGUUUCAAGGCGAUUGCUGUUGCGACUGAUAUUAAGCCGGCUGCGUCGCCUUGUGGGAUGUGUCGACAGGCGAUUCGCGAGUUCACUGGUCCUUCGUUCCCGGUUUAUAUGUAUGAUGGCGAUGGGAAUUAUAAGGUGAAGACUAUGGAUGAGUUGCUGCCGGAUUCUUUUGGCCCCGGUGACUUGGGUAUUUGA